AUGAUUAAUGACCCGGAAAUAAUUUCUAAGAGACAUCUUACAACCGAAAUAAUUGGUGAUGAGUAUGCAGAAGUCCUCUCUGUUCCUUUACCAGAUUUCCCUGUAUACGAAGAAGGGGAGCAGACGCAUAUUUGUGAUAUCAUUUGCAACAUUGAUUCAGUGCCUUCUGCACACCAGAUUACUUUCAGUGUCUUUAUAUUUGUAGUUUAUAUAAGUUGGUCAAAGAAUGACCAUAAACGAAUCCUCUUGAGUGUGGAAUAUGUGUUUCAAAGCCGUGUGACUGCGUAUGUGUGUCUGGGAUUUGAAGGAGUGUGCAUCAGUGAGCGAGAGAAAGAGUACGGGUGCCAUUGUAGGCACAUGUUGCAUAGUCAUUCGGUUAGAGUACGUAGGGUCAUGGUCACACCUGGAGCCGCAGAAAGUGCACCCCAACCACACAUUGCAACGUUCAAUCCACGCAACCAAUCCACAACUGACAAAAACAGAUCCAAGGAGGGAAAGAAGGCGGGGAGGGACGGAGGCGCAAUGGCGACCUGGUCACAACUCGCGUCCUCAUUGGCUGUCGCCUUUUGCAGUCCACGUAUAUUACCUUCCACAGGUGAGAUUCCACAUCACUUUUCGCUGCUCAUCGCUAGCACUACAAUCAGCAUUGUCAGCAUGUAUGCCUGUGGUACACUGACAGAGUCGCAGCUUCCUCAUUGGUCAGCCAUGAGUGCCAACAACGCUUUCAACAGCACAACACCACUACAACGCCAUCGCACCGCCCAUGCUCUCUCCUCCGCCCGAGAAACCCGUCACGCCCCGAAGGAACCGCACACAUCCUCCUGGAACACUGCCGCCUACGCUACUCCGCCCUCACAUGCUGCUUCCACCUACCACUUCCACCCUCACCAGUACGCCAGCCUUGCACUGGGUGGCGUGGCACACGUGAGUCCAGCUGUUCCUCAGUCCGUUCCCAGCGCCGUCACUCACGAUGCCAUUCCUCACCAACAAAGCAACAUCGCCGCCGCUCUCCUCACCGCUCACUCGUCGCUCACUGUUCGGCGUUGUCGACGAUGCCGCUGUCCUAACUGCCAGGACACUUCGCGAGACGCUUCAGCUGCCAAGAAGAGGGAACACGUGUGCCAUGUUCCAGGAUGUGGCAAGCUCUACGCCAAGACUUCUCACCUCAAGGCACAUCUGCUCUCGCACAGCGGAGAACGCCCCUUCGUGUGCCACUGGAUCUUCUGCAACAAGGCCUUCACUCGAUCCGACGAACUUCAGCGCCAUCUCAGAACGCACACCGGUGAAAAACGUUUCCAGUGUGAAGAGUGCGGAAAACGUUUCAUGCGUUCUGAUCAUCUGAACAAGCACGUCAAGACGCACCAGAACCGACGCGCCCGUCUUGCUUCUGCUUCUCCUGCCGAAGGUGACGACGUUGACGUGGAACUGUGUGACGAUGAGGAGUUUCUCUCCGUUACUCUGCCAGACUCUCCCGUGUCUGAAACGGAUUUUCAAGAGCCUAAUGAUGUAAUUGGGAAUGACCAGAUACAAAGCAUCAUGACCGACGAGAAUGAGUUCGCGACAAGGUGUGAAUCGGUGGCUCUCACAAUAGGUCAUUUCAGGUCACAUGAAGAAGCUAGGGAAGCAAUCGUGUUUAGUAAUUCAAAGAUAAAAUGCAGCCUGAAAAGCUAUCCAUUAUGCAUCGCAUCCGACGUCCAAAUCAGACUCCUACAAAUCUGCUUCAGAAACGGGAGAAUCUGGCAAUGCGAAGGAGCCAAAGUCCCCGCUAGAAUCGCCGGCAACUUCAUCGCACAACUCGACGUCGACGUGAUCACCUUCGGCAGGAGAUGCAGGAGCAAGACGGGCGCGUCGGUUCUGGUACGGAUAGGGAAGCUCCCCGACGCCGCCGUACAAGUUAGGCGGCGAGACGUUGGCAAGUUGUCCACGGACGUGAGGAGAGUCGUGGUGGAGUCUGUUGAUGGAAAGGACCGAAUGCAUUUCUGGCGUGACCGUUGCUGUAAUAAUCCAUGGCUGUUCCCUCAACUGUGCCACAAGAAUACAUCUCAGUGCCGUUGGUUCCGCAAGGAGCAAAACAUUAUUCGGAUGGACGUCCGAGGCACAGAUGGCAUAUCUUGGACUCGUAAUCUCCGCUUUCAUAUUCUCACCUCGACAAGCAUCUUUGCUUCUCGGUCAACACCGUCACGUGACAUCGCUCAACGCAUACUCUAUUACUCUUUACGUAGGGUCAUGGUCACACCUGGAGCCGCAGAAAGUGCACCCCAACCACACAUUGCAACGUUCAAUCCACGCAACCAAUCCACAACUGACAAAAACAGAUCCAAGGAGGGAAAGAAGGCGGGGAGGGACGGAGGCGCAAUGGCGACCUGGUCAUCUGCGCCGUGUCAUGACCUGGAACCAAUUUCCUGCAACAAGGCCAAAGGAAAAGCAGGUGAGAUUCCACAUCACUUUUCGCUGCUCAUCGCUAGCACUACAAUCAGCAUUGUCAGCAUGUAUGCCUGUGGUACACUGACAGAGUCGCAGCUUCCUCACUGCACCACUACAAAACGCCAUCGCACCGCCCAUGCUCUCUCCUCCGCCCGAGAAACCCGUCACGCCCCCGAAGGAACCGCACACAUCCUCCUGCUGGAACACUGCCGCCUACGCUACUCCGCCUCACAUGCUGCUUCCACCUACCACUUCCACCCUCACCAGUACGCCAGCCUUGCACUGGGUGGCGUGGCACACGUGAGUCCAGCUGUUCCUCAGUCCGUUCCCAGCGCCGUCACUCACGAUGCCAUUCCUCACCAACAAAGCAACAUCGCCGCCGCUCUCCUCACCGCUCACUCGUCGCUCACUGUUCGGCGUUGUCGACGAUGCCGCUGUCCUAACUGCCAGGACACUUCGCGAGACGCUUCAGCUGCCAAGAAGAGGGAACACGUGUGCCAUGUUCCAGGAUGUGGCAAGCUCUACGCCAAGACUUCUCACCUCAAGGCACAUCUGCUCUCGCACAGCGGAGAACGCCCCUUCGUGUGCCACUGGAUCUUCUGCAACAAGGCCUUCACUCGAUCCGACGAACUUCAGCGCCAUCUCAGAACGCACACCGGUGAAAAACGUUUCCAGUGUGAAGAGUGCGGAAAACGUUUCAUGCGUUCUGAUCAUCUGAACAAGCACGUCAAGACGCACCAGAACCGACGCGCCCGUCUUGCUUCUGCUUCUCCUGCCGAAGGUGACGACGUUGACGUGGAACUGUGUGACGAUGAGGAGUUUCUCUCCGUUACUCUGCCAGACUCUCCUAUAUCAGAAACAGAAGCUGAUCACGAAAUGCAGAUGCACACCAUCAGUGGCGGAGGCGGGUCUCCUCCUGAGCGCCGAGGGCUGUCGACCCGUCCUCCGAACGUGUCAAGUCGCGCUGCUUUGGCCGCUCGGUCAAGGUGUCGCCCGUUUCUCUUCUGCCCGAGGGCGUGGCGCGUGACUCUCAGGGGCGUGACAAGUAACGGACACUGUCGCAAUGGGCCCCAUUACUCCACGAGUGUGCAAGGAUUAUUCAUUGUGAAGACCAUUUCCACUGGUCUGCAUAGCAACGCACGGUGCCAUGUUCCCCUGCAACACGCUGGGAGGUCCUCAGGUCGCGCAGUGGAUGGGCGUGGGCGGGAAUUACGGGCUGAGUGGAGCUUCGCCCAUCAGACGCCCUACAGGCAUCAUGAUCUCCCUCUCACGCCCCCAUCUGAGUACCAACAGCGCCAGUCUUCUCGUGCUGUCUCCACACAGCAAUCAGAAGUGGCCAGUCAGUCAUAUCCCGUCGUUCAUCCCCACUACGCCCAGCAGCACAUCAUGGGCGGCGUCUCCCCACCCAUGCUUUCUCCUCCGCCCGAGAAACCUGUCACGCCCCCGAAGGAGGCGCAGGCGGCCCCGUGGUGGAGCGCAGGCGGUUCCUCCACACCACCCUCGCACGCCAACUACCACUACCACCACCAGCACCAAUACGCGAACCUGGGCGUACCGCCGGGGAACCAGGCCAACCCGCCCCUUCUCCAACCGCUCCCCAACGCCCUCGCACAAGAGGCCCUUCUUCACCACCAGAGCAACAUCGCCGCCGCUCUGCUCAACGCCCAGUCCUCUGUCAAUGUGCGACGCUGCCGUCGCUGCCGGUGCCCCAACUGCCAGGACACGUCGCAGGACACGCCGACUGCCAAGAAGAAGCAGCACAUCUGCCACGUCCCGGGGUGCGGCAAGGUCUAUGGUAAGACGUCCCACCUGAAGGCGCACCUGCGCUUACACGCUGGCGAGCGCCCCUUCGUCUGCCAGUGGAUCUUCUGCAACAAGGCCUUCACUCGCUCCGACGAACUCCAGCGCCACCUCAGAACGCACACGGGCGAGAAACGUUUCCAGUGCGUCGAGUGCGGCAAACGUUUCGUGCGUUUUCGCUCUGACCAUCUCAACAAACACGUCAAGACGCACGAGAACCGACGCGCCCGCGCCGCCUCUUCCCCCCCGGCCGAGUGUGACGUCGACAUCGAGCACUGCGACGACGAGGCCAGCCACGAGCAGGCUGUCGAGGAGGACGACGAGGAGCUCGGAGGCGAGGACGGCCUGCCCGCGUUCGGCGGCGACGACCUGCACAGCCCGAUGCUCCCCGACUCGCCCGUCUCAGAGACCGACCAGCAGGACACAGAGCUAGAAAUGAGAGGCUUGGUGGGCGUGAGGCAAGGAAGCAUGGGCGGCGAUCGUCAAGCUUACUCGCACCGCCUGCAGGACAUACUAAAUGUGUCCAUCCCCUGUAUGUAGGAUCGCACCGCAAGUCCCUGUGUGUGAUUCCCAUUGUCCAUUGUACCUGUUUCAUUCCUUCUCUUAAACUGUCGAUAAGUCUUUUAAUGUAGCAUAAUAUAUAUAUAAAUAAAAUCUAUGU